ACUGAAGAUAAGGACGAGGCGUCUCCUGGUGUUGACAGGGAGGAACCUGGAGAGGAACUGGAUGGAGCGCAGGGGGAGGAGGGGGAGGGUGAAGAACAGGUGGAGGAGGUCCAAAAUAGAGAGGCUCUCAAAGAUGGAGAGGAGAUGCAGACUGGGAGAGUACCGGAAAAGAUGAAUGAGGAUAAAUAUAUUGAUAUGGUGAGUGAGGAAAUGGGCGCUGAUAAGGUGAAAGAGGAAAAAAGUGUCGCUAAGGUAAGCAAGGAAAGGGAUACUGAUAAGGUGAAAGAGAAAAAAGUUAUUGAUGAGGUGAAAGAAGAAAAUGACACUGAUAAGGUGAAAGAGGAGAAAGGUGUUGAUAAGGUGAGCCAGGGACGGGACACUGAUAAGGUCAAUAAGAAAAAGGGUGUUGAUAAGGUGAAAGAGAAAAAAGGGACUGAUAAGGUGAAAGAAGAAAAAAAGGUUGAUAAGGUGGGAAAAGAAAAAAAGCCUGAUAAGGUGAAAGAGGAAAAAGAUGUUGAUAAGGUGAGUGAGGAAAAAGGUGUUGAUAAGGUGAGCAAGGAACGGGACACUGAUAAGGUCAAUAAGAAAAAGGGUGUUGAUAAGGUGAAAGAGAAAAAAGGUGUUGAUAAGGUGAGCGAGGAAAAGGGGACUGAUAAGGUGAAAGAGGAAAAAAGUGUUGAUAAGGUCAAUAAGAAAAAGGGUGUUGAUAAGGUGAAAGAGAAAAAAGGGGUUGAUAAGGUGAAAGAGAAAAAAGGUGUUGCUAAGGUGAGCGAGGAAAAGGGGACUGAUAAGGUGAGCGAGGAAAAGGGGACCGAAAAGGUGAAAGAGGGAAAAGGUGCUGAUAAGGUGAGCCAGGAACAGGACACUGAUAAGGUCAAUAAGGAAAAGGGUGUUGUUGAUAAGGUGAAAGAGGAAAAGGGUGCUGAUAAGGUGAGCCAGGAACAGGACACUGAUAAGGUGAAUAAGGAAAAGGGUGUUGUUGAUAAGGUGAAAGAAGAAAAAGCAGAAAAGGAGGUGAAGAAGAAAGAAGGCAAGGAAACAGAAGCAAAAGAAAAAGAGUCAGGAAAGUCCAAGAAGAACCCAAAGUCUGCACCUCCGGCCGUGUCUCGCCCAAGACCCUCAGCCCGCUCUGGCAGGGCGUCCGCCAGGAGGGACAUCCUGGCCAAGUUCCAGCAAGGCGCACCCGAGACGCCCGUCACACCAAACUUCAAACUUCAAAAGUCUGCGUCCGCCUCGGCCACUGGCGCCUCCAUCAAGCAGAGGAUGCUGCAGUGGUGCCAGAGCAAGACACGCAACUACCAGGGUGUGAACAUUGAAAACUUCUCAUCGUCUUGGUGUGAUGGGAUGGCUUUUUGUGCGCUGAUCCACCGCUACUUCCCUGAUGCUUUCGACUACAGCACCUUGAAACCCACAGAAAGGGAGAAAAACUUCACACUGGCCUUCCAGACUGCAGAGUCCUUGGCUGACUGCUGCCCCCUGCUGGAGGUCCCCGACAUGCUCAUGAUGGGCAACCACCCGGACCCCAUGUGUGUGUUCACCUACGUCCAGUCCCUGUGCCAGGGCCUCUCCAAGCUGGAGAAGGACAGGAAAGACAAGGAGGAGAAGGAGAGGAAAGAAAAGGAGGAGAAAGAAGGGAAAGCAAGCAAAGAUGCCUCUGAGGCCCAAAAACCAGGAGAGGAAGAGGAGGGUUGUGAGAUGGAGGAAGGUGGAGACCUGUUGGUGGAAGCAGAGUCCUAAGGAAGGCACCACCAAAAAUUGAGAAGGUCUUAGUUUGUUGUUGCUUCAAAAGCAUGAGGACUUAUUUCUACACACACUUGUUUGUUUUUAUUUAUUUCAAUGAUUAUUGAAGGGUCAGGGAAUGGGAAGUAAGAAACAAUUGCGGUUCUGUGAUGAUAUCAGUGUUGUAUAUCACCACAGUAUCGUUUCCUGGGCUGUGUAUCACUAACAUGGAAAUACUUACAGUUACACUUUCAAAACACGGACAAUACACUGUACUGCAUCAAAAAGCGACAUCGGUGUGUAAAGGAUAUCACCACAUGGGAACACUUCAGAAACUACACUGUCAGUAACUACAGUUGGUCGCUACAUCGGUAAGUGCAAGUUAAACCUCUACUUUGCAAAGCGAAAGCCAUUUAUCAACAACACCCAGAAACGCCGCCGGCUUCGCUGGGCCCCGAGCUCAUCUAAGAUGGACUGAUACAAAGUGGAAAGGUGUUCUGUGGUCUGACGAGUCCACAUUUCACAUUGUUUUUGGAAACUGUGGACGUUGUGUCCUCCGGAACAAAGAUUGUUCUAGGCGCAAAGUGUAAAAGGCAGCAUGUGUGAUGGUAUGGGGGUGUAUUAGUGCCCAAGACAUGGGUAACUUACACAUCUGUGAAGACGCCAUUAAUGCUGAAAGGUACAUACAGCUUUUGGAGCAACAUAUGUUGCCAUCCAAGCAACGUUAUCAUGGACGCCCCUGCUUAUUUCAGCAAGACAAUGCCAAGACACGUGUUACAACAGUGUGGCUUGGUAGUAAAAGAUUGUGUGAGCAAAUUGUUUUAGAACAACAUUUCUCAACCAGCUAUUGCAAGGAAUUUAGGGAUUUCACCAUCUACGCUCCGUAAUAUCAUCAAAGGGUUCAGAGAAUGUGGAGAAAUCACUGCACGUAAGCCAUGUUAUUAUGGACCUUCGAUCCCUCAGGCAUCAAAAAGCGACAUCAGUGUGUAAAGGAUAUCACCACAUGGGCUCAGGAACACUUCAAAAAAACACUGUCAGUAACUACUAGUUUAUUGCUACAUCUGUAAGUGCAAGUUAAAACUCUACUAUGCAAAGCGGAAGCCAUUUAUCAACAACACCCAUAAACGCCGCCGGACUGUUGUAGGCACUGAAAGUUACAUACAGGUUUUGGAGCCACAUAUGUUGCCAUCCAAGCGACAUUAUGAUGGACGCCCCUGCUUAUUUCAGCAAGACAACGCCAAGACAUAUGUUACAACAGCGUGGCUACAUAGUAAAAGAGUGCGGGUACUAGACUGGCCUGCCUGUAGUCCAGACCUGUCUCCCAUUGAAAAUGUAAAGGCUAAAAUAUGAGAAGGGAGACUGUUGAACAACUUAAGCUGUACAUCAAGCAAGAUUGGGAAAGAAUUCCACUUCAAAAAUGUGUCUCCUCAGUUCCCAAACAUUUACUGAGUGUUGUUAAAAGGAAAGGCCAUGUAACACAGUGGUAAAAAUACCCCUGUGACAACUUUCUUGCAAUGUGUUGCUGCCAUUAAAUUCUAAGUUCAUGAUUAUUUGUAGAGAUGUCCGAUAAUAUCUGACUGCCGAUAUUAUCGGCCGAUAAAUGCUUUAAAAAUGUAAUAUCGGAAAUGAUUGGUAUCGGUUGCCCCCGCGACCCCGAAGGGAAUAAGCGGUAGAAAAUGGAUGGAUGGAUGGGUUUCAAAAAGUAAAAUGUAUGACUUUUUAAAAUGCCGCUGUGUACACGGCCGUAGGGAGAAGUACAGAGCGCCAAUAAACCUUAAAGCACGGCCUUUGCGUGCCGGCCCAAUCACAUAAUAUGUACGGCUUUUCACACACACAAGAGAAUGCAAGGCAUACUUGGUCAACAGCCAUACAGGUCACACUGAGGGUGGCCGUAUGAACAACUUUAACACUGUUAACACCAAACAAGAAUGACAAACACAUUUCGGGAGAACAUCCGCACCGUAACACAACAUAAACACAACAGAACAAAUAUAACCAGAACCCCUUGCAGCACUAACUCUUCCGGGACGCUACAAUAUCGGAUAUCGGCAAAAAAGCCAUUAUCGGACAUCUCUAAUUAUCUGCAAAAAAAAAACCAGUUUACCAGUGUGAACAUGAAAUAUCUUGUCUUUGCAGUCUAUUCAAUUGAAUAUAAGUUGAAAAGGAUUUGUUGUAUUCUCUUUUUAUUUACCAUUUACACAACGUGACAACUUCACUGCUUCUGGGUUUUGUACAUUUUUGUGUGUCCCAUUCAGUAAAAAACUGUAAAAAUUCCAUUCCGUUUUUUUGAGGUGGUCUGUCAUAACUUUUUUAGAACUCUAUCGGACAUUGUGACUUUUGGUAUUGGCAUUCCUGGAAAAAGAGGGAGCCAAACACACAUACUGUA